UUUUUGUCACAGGACCCCGAGACGCACGUUGAAAUGUUUACGGUGGAGGCGCUAUUAGCUGACGACCCGAAAUAAGUGCUAAUAAAUUCACAACUGUUAAAAUAAUUACCGAAUAUAUGAAGAUAAUAUAACAAGUAAGCAACAUGCAAGGGCUCCGCAUAUGGCAGCUGAUAAUGAAAAUCUUUGCAAGGUAGUUAGCUAAGUAAUAUUCCAGGCAACAAGUUAGCCGUCGGUAACUGUGCAGACAACGUUUCAGGCGCGAAUAAGAGCUGUUUGUUUUCUACACAAUUAAGUUGAAACAAACAUGGCAUCCUCAAUGGUAGUACCAGUAAUUGAUGUCCAGAAUGAUAAUUUCAAAGAGCUUUGGCCUGCUAUGGUAGUGGCCAUUAAAUCGUCUUCCUUCGUUGCAGUGGACACGGAGCUGAGUGGUCUUGGAAACAGGAAAUCCUUGCUGGCCGAAUCUAUAGAGGACAGAUAUAAAGCCAUAUGCCAUGCAGCUCGCUCUCGCUCCAUCCUCUCCCUGGGAAUUGCCUGUUACAAGAAACUGGACUACAAGGCUGCAGACACAUACUUAGUCCAGGUGUAUAAUCUCACCCUGCUGUGUUCAGAGGAGUACAUCAUAGAGCCCCAGUCAGUCCAGUUCCUGGUACAGCAUGGAUUUGACUUUAACAAGCAGUACGCCCAUGGAAUCCCUUACUGCAAGGGCAAUAAUAAGGGAGGAUCAGAUGACCGAGGUGUCCACAUCCGGGCCUUAUUCACUGAACUGCUGCGUGCCAGGAAACCCCUGGUGCUCCACAACGGCCUCAUCGACAUGGCCUUCCUUUACCAGAGUUUUUAUGCUCAUCUGCCCGAGCGCUUGGCCACCUUCACAGCCGACCUGUCUGAGAUGUUUCCUGCUGGCAUUUAUGACACCAAAUAUGUCACUGAAUUUGAGCUCCGGCUCACUGCCUCCUAUCUGGAGUAUGCCUAUAAGAAAUGUAAGCUGGAUAACAGUCGCAGUGUGACUUCUGGAGGGACUGGACUUAAUGUUCAUGUAGAGUUCUGUCAGUAUGCCGGUGACAUGUCCAGCUAUGUGGACUACAGAGUGUGUCCAGCUGUGGCGUCUCCUGAGGGACAGACUGACAUCUGCCAGCGCUUCUCUGCAUUUGGCUGGUGUCCGAAUGGCACCCAGUGUCCAUUAUCCCAUGACACUGACCUGAUCGUCCUCCAGGACGAGAAAGGCAUGGGGGACAAGAGAAAAAAGAGGAAGAGACAGAGAAACAAGAAGAGAGGUGGAGGCGAGGCAGCAGAGGGCUCUUCCGUCUUUGACGGUGCCCCCGAAAACAAAAUACCUCACAUGGAGGUAGAUCCCGAAGAAACACCAGAUGACCAGGGAGGGGCUGAGCCAUGCCCAGAAAGUGGGCCUCUAAUGGACAGUGACGGAAACACCCAACGCUAUGAAGGAGAGAACAUGAAUACGGACAGCGAGGGGAACGGAGUGCAUGAAGACAAUACAGACUUCAGAAACUCUGCAACAACUGCCACAACUGAUGACGACAAAAACACAAAAACCAACACAAACGAUGGUGUAGAAAGCAGAACAGAAGACAGAGGGAGAGAAAAGUUUAGUGACCACCCAUCUAAGACUGACGAUCAGAAGAAGAAGGCUGACACAGGAACGCACCGGGCGGGGUUUGAUGCCUUCAUGACGGGAUACAUCUUUGCCUAUUCAUGUACCCUCAUCAAGAAGGACGGAGUGGGAGCUGUAGAGAAGAAGGAGCACCAGAAGGAGGAGGAGCAGUCGAGGCUUCCUACCUGUGUCAAUAAGGUCUACCUCAGCGGCAAGGCCGCUCCUCUCAACGUGGUUAAAAGCACCUUCUCCAAAUCGUCUAAGGCCCAUGUGCAGAAAAUGGAGAUGGUUUGGGAAGGGAGAGUGUAGUGUGCACACGUGCAAACAGCAGGGCAAUUACAGUGUAUACAUGUGCAGGUUCACAAUAAAUUUUUUUAGCCAUGCUAGCAGCGUGGCUCUAUGGAUAGCAAUUUCAGUCCACCACUUUGGUCUGUUUGCUGUGAAAUUUUGUACAGACAUUCAUGGUCCCCAGAGAAUGAAUCCUACUGACUUUAGUGAUCCCCUGACUUUUCCUCUAUUACCGCCAUGAGACAUGAUGUUAAUGGUUUUUGGUUCUUAAUGAAAUAUCUUGACAACUAUUAGAUAAAUUGCCAUGAAAUUUGGUAGAGAUGUCCAUGUCCCCCUCAGGAUGAAUCUGAAAAACUUUAGUGAGCCCCUUACUUUUCCUCUAUUGCCAUCAUCAGGUCAAACUGUUAAUUUAUCCACUACUUUGGUUUAUGACCAAAUACUUGCAAAACUAAUGACGUUUCUAUCAGCAUCAGCUAGUUUAGCAUGCUAACAUGCUAAACUAAGAUGGUGAACAUGCUAAACAUUAGCCUGUUAGCAUUGUCAGUGUGAGGAUGUUAGCAUGCUCACAUUAGCAGUUAGCUCAAAGCACCACCGAGCAUUAGUAAUCUCACAGAGCCGCUAUCAUGGCUUUUUGGGUGAUUUCUGUUGACUUUUUAAGAAAAGGGUAUAAAAAUCAGGGGUGGUGGUCAGUUUAUGUUCAUGGCAAAAAAACGUUCAGUCAGACAGUGUAGACAAUUGAAGGAGAUAAAAUGUCACAUUUUUCUCAUCCAUUUUGGUCCGUUCCUUAUGCCCCCAUAUUGUUUUUAUUUAUUUAGCAGUCUUCUGUGAAUUUUUUACCUAAUUAAACUGCCAAAAAUGGCAUUAGUGACUUGCAAUUGUAAAACCAGCAAUACAUUGCAAUGCAGAGGCACCUGUUUUAAUUUAGUUAGCAAGCAUUUCUAUGGUUUCUCUGCAAACAGCCAAGGUGAGAUCAUGAUUGAUAUGCUUUUAUCUCACUUUUCAGAUUUUGUAUCAUUUCCUAUUUCUGAAGUUACCUGUGGAAAAUAAACUCAUGCUCUUUAA